CUCAGAGUAAACAGGCAAAUGAUGAAGAGAUGACUCACAGGUCCCCUGUCCAUUUAGACUCUGAAACGGAGAUCCAUCAUUUCCUUGGAUAUGAAAUAACUGUACAUCGCCUCCUCAGCUGGAAUGGGGGAAAACAAGGGCCUGCUACAUCGGUUCUCUGUAAAUUCCUAGAGAAGACGCAGCAGAUCAGUUUACGAGGAAAGUCAGUGCUGGAACUGGGAGCUGGUACUGGCCUGGUGUCUAUUGUGGCCAGUCUUCUUGGUGGCUGGGUAACCGCGACUGACCUGCCAGAGGUGUUGGAAAACCUGACUGAGAAUCUAGACGCCAACACCAAAGGGCGCUCGAAAUACGCACCGCAAGUGGAAGUUCUCCAGUGGGGCCGCAACCUCGCCCGGUCCUUCCCGCUGUCCAUUUAUCAUUACGACUUCGUCCUCGCAGCGGACGUCGUGCACGGCGGUCACGGCUGCCUGCACGAGCUGCUGGACACCAUGUGCCACUUCUGCCACCGUGGCACCACUACUCUCCUGUGGGCACACGAGUUCCGCCGCAAGACCGACCUGGCAUUCAAAGCCCAGCUCAAGAGGGCCCUCCACACCAAGCUGCUCCUGGAGAAAGGGGAUGUGAGGAUCUACAUGGGGUGGGGUAAGAGAACAAAGAGACCAUCUCACUGGACCUUUUGACUGUGCUGACACUGUUACAGACACGCUUACAGUCAUUUCCUGUGUAUAGGAUAGUGUUUUAUGCAAGUGAAAAGAAACAAAACCAUAUUAAUACCACAUUAACUCCCCCUGUGUAUUAACCUCAUACUGUAGCUGAAGAAAUGCAUUGUAAAAUCAAUGUAUAAGCCACAGCUAAUAGUUGGGAAAUGACGGUAGGUUUCACAACUGGUGUGUCAAUAUGUCUGGAAAAACAAAGGGUUUCGGCCAUUUCAGAGCAUGGAUCACACACAGCGAUCCAUACUGUGAAAUGUGUGAAAAGUGAUCUGUUCCUUUUUCAGAAACUGUCUGCUUUCCACUCCUUGUCUGAUAAACAAAUCAUUGUGUUGAAUUGAUUGAUCAUGUUUCCUCCCUCAACAUACGUUAAUAGAAAUGGUCUACUAAAGAUCUAGAUAUUACAUACAUCCAAGGCUUAAAACGCUGUCUCUUUUCAAUUUCAUCAACAAUCAAUCAACCAAUCUUGUGUGCUAAUGUUUUAAUAUUUCUUCCUGGUGUGUGAAUGUUUCAGCUUCCUUCUGAAUCUUUCAUCUCAUCAUCAGUUCUUUUCCAACUGCAGCACCCCCGCCAAGCUCAUGGACUCUCAUUAUGGGUCCCCAUUUGCUAUUUUUAAAGGCUUCUUCCUGUUCAAAGGGACUAGUGCCAUCGUCACUUGUUAAUGCUUGCUCUACGGAGUAGACUCCCUAAAGCCCAAUUCACACCAAAGAUUCCUGACGUGACGAGACGGAGUUUCAGCAGUGUGAAUUAGAAGUUGCACGUAGUUGCAAGCCGUCGCAGAGCAUUCAACAUGUUGAGUCGCAGUUGCAAGGUUUUAGAACGUCCCGGCUCGUCGGGAAUCUUUGGUCUGAACCCUACUUAAAGAAAAGCUUCUUGAGAUUUUUUAUUGUAUUAGUCAUGCAUAAAUAAAGAAAACUAAAGCUGAAUUUAA